AUGAAGUUGGUUCAGGAGAAAGACGAUUACAUCGGGAGGGGAAGCGGUUUCGCCCUAGAGUCGAUAGACGGACUAUUAGUAAUGGUGUAUAAAUAUAUGCCGAUGGGUGGAUCGUCAUAUAUUCAGCUGCCGGAAUAUAUAGAUAGAAAACGGGGAACCAUCAACCCACAAAACACGGAUCAGGAGUGUUUCAAGUGGGCGAUUUUGGCGAGACAUGUUACGGGGCCGUCGGCAUUUCGUGUGGAGGGAGAUAAAUAUAGUCAGCAUGAGGGCAAGUACAAUUUUGAUGGUAUAGCGUUCCCGACACAACUAUCGGACAUCACCAAAUUUGAAAAAAAUAAUAAUAACGUCUCCAUAAAUGUCUACGGGCUCGGCAAAAAAUUCCAGGCGCCCCGUAAGUACCCAACGUACGAAGUGUACCCGCUGCGUGUGGUCGACGAAGAAAAAAAGGAACACUUCGACCUGUUAUUGGUAACGGACGGCGACAACUCGCACUAUGCUUACAUUUCAAAUUUUUCCCGGCUCAUACGUGCACAAAAAACCAAACAUGAUCAACGCCAUCGCGCUAUUUUCUGCAAGAGGUGUUUCACCAGCUUUGACAACCAAAAUUUAAAAUUCAAGUUGAGCGGACAGGAGGCCCUGGACCAACAUAAAUUGAUUUGUGGGGCGCACAAGCCAAUUUUUCCGGAGAUGCCGAAGGAGGGCGAUUGUGUUGAGUUCAGGGCGUGGAAAAACACGGUGAGGCACCCGUUUGUAAUUUACGCGGAUUUCGAGGCGAUCUCGGCGAAGGCGGAGGAGGCGAGAGGGGGUAGUACCACGAUUACUCAAAAACACGAAGCGAUGAGCUACGGUUUUUUGGUGAAGGCGAGCGAGGACGUGCCGGCGGAUUUAUUGGUUCAACACGAGAUACCGGCGGGUCCGGUAAUCUACAGAGGCAGCGAAGACAGGACGGACGUGGCGAGACAUUUCAUGGAGUCAAUUGUUGAUGUGGCCCGGAAAAUUGAAGGUCUGAUGAAGACGAAUAUUCCUUUAAUCAUGACCGAGGGUGAAGAAAAAACACAUCAAGAGUGUAAUGCGUGUAACUCAUGCAAAUGCAUAUUAGUCGGGGGCGAUAAUGUUAGGGAUCAUGACCAUCUCACGGGCAAAUUUAGGCAGACCUUGUGCUCCAGGUGUAACCUGGAGUUGCAGCAACCUAAAUUUGUCCCCGUAUUUUUUCAUAAUCUCUCAAACUACGACUCGCACUUCAUAAUCACUGAACUUGGGUAUGAUACACAGGCGAUCAACGUUAUACCGAACAGUGAGGAGAAAUUUAUAUCUUUCUCGAAAUAUAUAAGUAGUACCUUCACUGUUGGGUUUAUCGACACGUUCAGGUUUAUGGCGUCGAGUCUGUCGUCCCUGGCCGAAAAUUUAGUUACACCCGAACAUGAGAACUUCCGUGAGACAGCCAAACAUUUUGUCGCCAGAGAUUUGCCGCUCGUGACUCGUAAGGGGCUGUACCCAUACGAGUACACAGAUAGUUGGGAGUAUCUGGAAUACAGGAGACGACCGAGUAAUAGAGAUUUUUUUAGUAUGUUGACGGAGACCGGGAUUAAGGAGGAAGAUUUUGAAUACGCGAAGUAG